AAUGUCUAGCAAAGCGUGGGAAAAGAAAUAUCUACUAGAUAGCACAUUGAGGAUUCCGAAGGACCAAGUCAAAGAGAUGAUGAAAUAUGACUCAGAGAACUUCUUUACAAUUCAGAACGAACUAGAUAUUCCGCCUCCAAAUUAUGAAAAUUCUAAUGAUUAUGGCUGGACCUUACUGGCUCAGGCAAUCAUAAACAAUGAAGGAGGACUCAAGAAAUAUAUCGGAUAUGCUAAAAAGUUUAAACACAAAUUACAAGAGUGGGAAAGGCUUCCGUUUGUGCUUCAAAAAGCUAUUGAGAGUGAACCAAAGAGAAAAAAUGCUCUUGCCAAGAUAUUUACCUCUGUAGAGCCCAAACGAGAUGCUAUGGCAUCUUCAAGGGGUAAUAAACAUCCAGAACCUCCCAAAACUAGAGGAAAAGCUUUCAAACAAAACACAGAGAAGAUGCUUAGCAUGCCUAUCAAUAUGCUUACGUCCAAAGCUCAGCCAGUGAAGUCCAUCCUGAAACACCAAGAUGAUCCAGAUAGUCUGCUUGACGAAUCAGAAAUAGCAAAUGGAAGUGAACUAAAAAAAAGCUGAAUUAAAUUUAACUUCAAUGAUAAACAAAGAAGUCCUGACAACAAAAGAAGGCACAGGAGAUUACUCAGGAACAGAUACACUUCCAAAUAAAUGGGCUAAUCUCUCAAGUAGGAAGAAUGACCCCCUCAACUGAUCAAGACAGUGUGAAGAGAAGAUCAAAAUAGAUAAAUAAAGUAUCGCAGACUCUUUACAGGAAUAUAUGCAAAGGAUUUGCUGGUCAGGCAAACCCAAGAUAUGAUAAAAUAAUGACCUCGCCUAAGAGGAAAACUCAUGGCCAAAAGAUCCUCCAAACAAGAUCGUUUUUCAAGAAAAAUAGCAGCCCAAGGUACAGACUUGGGAGAUCUAAAGAAAAGAGUUUUGACUCUAGAAUAAGAAGAGAGCAAGACUCUGUUGAUGUGUUGAAAGAGAAGAUCAGCAAACUUAAAGCACAACAGAAAUCAGGAAAUAAUGAUAAGUUCCAAGGAAUCUCUUCAGAUCCAGCUCUCUCUCCGGAGCCUCAUAAAGCUCAAAGCUUUGAUAUCUCACCAAAAUCUUCCAGGCCCAAAAUUAGCCCUUAUUUCUCCAGAAUGGGUCCUUUCCCUCAACAGAUUACCAAGAACAUCAGACCGUUCCUCCUGACUAAAGGGUCUUCCACGAAAAUCCCUGAAAGCUUGGUGCUAACCUCCCGCAGAAAGCUCAAAUAAAAAUAUUAAAUUUCAG